AUACACAGAGAUGUAUGGGACAAUUCUAUUGAUUGGAAUCUGGAGAGGAUAUGAAAAGGCAAAGUACAUCGGAGAUUGCCUUUAAGUCCCUCUUUAACGGAUCCGUAUGCGGAAUUACCAUCCCAUCCAAAACACAACCUUCAUUCAUUCCUCUCCGACAACAUUUUCACAACAGCCUUUGACUCUGCCUCUCGAGUCUCUGUGUCUGUUUGUCUGAGCGAGGUGUUGUUUCUGUUUCUGUUCUGUUUAAGCUGGAGAUAUCUUUUGUGCUCCGCAUGAAGCAGAGUUUGCAGUCCAAGAUUUUGUUACUACAAUGAAAUAUAUUCGGACCAACAGUUUCAAGCGGCUCUUCUCAUUGAGACGACGCGGUUUUGAAGGAGAAAUUCCAAACCCAGAUGGCUCCACCGUAGAAGGCAACAAAGACACCUUCAAGAAUGCUGCAGUGGCGGAGCCUGCUCAGAGACCCACUUGGAAAUGCUUCUCCUAUGCAGAAAUUUUUGAUGCCACCAAUGGUUUUAGCCCAGAAAAUUUGGUUGGCAGAGGAGGCUAUGCAGAGGUAUACAAGGGAACUCUGAGAAAUGGUGAAGAAAUUGCUGUGAAGAGGAUGUCAAAAUGUUCUGCUGAUGAGAGAAAAGAGAAGGAAUUCCUGACAGAGAUAGGAACCAUUGGUCAUGUCUGCCACCCAAAUGUAUUAUCCCUCUUAGGCUGCUGUGUUGACAAUGGGCUUUACCUCAUUUUUCACUUCUUCUCGAAAGGCUCUGUUGCUUCUCUUCUACAUGAAGAGAAUUCGCCGCUGUUGGAUUGGAAAACAAGGCAUAAGAUAGCCAUUGGGACAGCUAGAGGCCUCCAUUACUUGCACAGUGGCUGCCAAAGAAGGAUAAUUCACCGGGACAUCAAGGCCUCCAACAUUUUAUUGGCUGCAGAUUUUGAGCCUCAGAUAUCUGAUUUUGGACUUGCGAAAUGGCUUCCAUCUCAAUGGACUCAUCAUUCAAUAGGUCCGAUUGAAGGGACAUUUGGGCACUUAGCUCCUGAGUACUAUUUGCAUGGGAUUGUGGAUGAGAAGACAGAUGUGUUUGCUUUUGGAGUUUUUCUUUUGGAGAUAAUCUCAGGCCGGAAACCGGUGGAUGGUUCUUACCAAAGCUUACACAGCUGGGCCAAACCCAUAUUGAAGCAAGGGGAGACUGAAAAGUUGAUAGAUCCAAGGCUGGGAGGGGCCUACGAUGUAACGCAGCAGAAAAGGCUUGCCUUUGCAGCCUCUCUUUGCAUCCGCUCAUCUUCCAUGUGGCGCCCAUCCAUGAGUGAGGUAAUGGAGGUAAUGGAGGGAGAUCAGGUGGAGAAGGAAAGGUGGAAGAUGCCAGAGGAAGAAGAUCAGGAGGAGUGCUGGGGAUUUGAGGAUCUAGAAUAUGAAAGUGACGGUUCUUUCUCUUCUCCACACGACUCGAUCUCGACAGAAAGUUCUUGGAGCUUGAGAUUUAAGAGUUUGAUGCAAAUAUAGUUGUUUUCUAAUUCAGCCAUGUUGUACAUAUCAUUGCAAGACUUUGAUAUUUCUGAUUCAGACUUUUCCAACAGGGAAAGGUCAAGUAAUUAGAAAAGUCAAAAUUAUGGUGAAAAUGGUUCUCUUCUCUCCAUGUAGUUCCAUUCGUGGCAUUGUAAAAACAUUUAGGUUCUGAGGGCCAUUUAAAUCCUGCAAGUAACUUUUACACUUCUUUUUACCCA